AUGUCACUUGUGGAGCAGAAUGAAUGUGUAGAUGUCAAAUUGACAGACAUCGGGAUAAUGACACCAAUAGAUCUAGAAAAGAUUUGGGAAUGGAACAAGGUAUAUCCAGAACCGAUUGAUCGAUGCGUUCAUGAGAUCUUCGAAGAGAAAGCUCAAGACCAGCCUAAUGCAGUUGCUAUCUGUGCCUGGGAUGGAGACUUACUGUACGGCGAACUGGAUGAACUUGCUACAAAAUUAGCAAACCAACUCAUCAAAUUGGGAGUUGGACCUGGCGUAUUGGUACCUCUCUGCUUUGAGAAGUCGGUGUGGACGACAGUUGCCAUGCUUGGGGUGUUUAAGGCAGGUGGUGGAUUUGUAAUGCUUGAUACCUCAUUCCCGGAAUAUCGUCUCCAUCUCAUCGUCCAACAAGUUAAAGCAGACCUUAUUUUGUCUUCUGCAUCAAGCCAGGCACUCAGCUCACGAUUGGCUCGAAAUGUGGUUCCCAUCGAUCGAACAUUUUUCAACUCGAAUGUUCAAGCGGAUCCGCGACUUCCCCAAGGUUGCCCGUCCUCCGUCAUGUAUCUGAAUUUUACAUCAGGCAGCACAGGAACUCCAAAAGGGUACAUUGUGUCCCAUCGCAAUUUUGCAUCAGCUCUCUACCACCAGGCGCAACAUCUCGGAUUUACGAAAGAAUCGAGGGUCUACGACUUUAGCCCAUACAGCUUCGAUGCAUCAAUCAGUCAUACUUUUACAGCUCUCGCUGCAGGAGCAUGCUUAUGCGUACCAAUGGAGCAAGAUCGGAUGAACAACCUGGCUCAGAGCAUAACGUCUCUGCGUGCAAAUGUUGCUGCUCUUACACCCUCCGUUGCCCAACUGCUGGACCCUAAGGAUACCCCUACACUACAGUCGAUUCAUUUCCUUGCUGAACCUUUAUACCUUAAGGAUGUUAGCCGCUGGUGGGGAAAAGUCCAAGUUCUCAACAUAUACGGGCCAAGUGAGUGCACUCCAUACAGUGUCAUCAAUAGCCACGCGUCCUGUCCACAAGAAGUCACUCGAAUAGGUAUUGGGGCUGGCCAGGUGACAUGGGUCGUCAAUCCAGAUAAUCCAGAUCACUUACUUCCGCUCGGUAACAUCGGCGAGCUAAUUCUAGAAGGGCCACUUGUGGGUGAGGGGUAUUGGAAUGAUCCGGAGAGGACAUCAAUGGUGUUUAUCCGAGACCCAGUGUGGUUGAGACGAGGAGCUUUGGGACAUCCAGGACGGCAUGGACAACGUCUCUAUAAAACAGGAGAUCUUGUUCAUUAUAACGAGGAUGGAAGCUUGACAUUUGUCGGACGCAAAGAUACGCAGAUUAAGAUUCACGGACAGCGAGUCGAGCCUGGAGAAGUCGAGCACUUUUUGCAGGAACACAUGACAGAAGCAAAGAAAGUCAUAGUAGAUAUUGUUAUUCCGAAAGAGGAGAACCCAAGUCCGGUAUUGGCAGCUUUCAUUCAAAUUUGCCAAUUUUCACCAAACUGCAAACAGCUGGAAUCUACGUGCAUCGCAGAGAUACUUGAUAUUUCCACCGAUAUCAAGGUCAUGCUAGACCAGCACCUACCAGGCUAUAUGGUUCCCAGUAUAUUCUUCUCUAUACGGGAACUACCUACGACGGUGGCAGGGAAACUGGACCGAAGAAGACUACGUGAGAUUGGCACUUCGUGUUUUCAUCAAUUCAUGGAAAGGGAAAAGCAAAUGCCAAAACCAAAACCAAAUUCACAUCUCGGAAUACAGCUACAGAAGAUAUUGGGCAAGGUUCUGGCCAUUGACCCGGCGCUGGUAGGAUACGAAGAUAAUUUCUUUCGGUUAGGAGGAGACUCGAUUGCUGCAAUGCGGGUUGUCUCCGAAGCUCAAAAGGCUGGAAUUGGCCUCACAGUCUCAGAUAUCUUGCGGUAUCCUGCACUAGGUAGCCUAGUCAGCCGCUGCCAUCAUGUGGCUGACAAGGCCGCUGACAAGAUUCCGCCUUUUGCCCUUCUAAGGGACAGUUUCGACAAGAAAUUGCUUCUUCAGGAAAUUGCAAUUAAGUAUCAACUAGAUCCCGCCAUCAUGGAAGAUGCCUACCCGUGCACUCCUCUUCAAGAAGGUCUCCUAUCCCUGUCCUUAAAGCAUCCUGGGGAAUACAUGAUCCAGCGCACUUUGGAACUGCGUUCCACCAUCCAAACAAGUUACUUUUGUCGAGUAUGGGAAAAAAUGGCUCAGAAUAUACCAAUCCUACGCACAAGGAUUGUGCAGUCCAGCGACAUGGAUCUCUUGCAGUUGGUAUUGAACGAAGAAAUUCAGUGGACUCAUACAAUGGGGUUGAGCGAGUAUCUUGAAGUGGAUAAAAAACGGCCAAUGGAGCUUGGGCAACCUCUUGCACGUUACACCAUCGUCACAGAUGAUACAGGCAUACGCCGAUGGUUUGUGUGGACGCUUCAUCAUGCAUUGUACGAUGGCGAGUCACUGUCGCUCAUGAUAGACAUGGCUAGUCGAGGGUACCAUGGUACCUUGACAAAGCCAAAGCACGAGUUCAAAGCGUUUGUCAAGUAUAUCGACGAACAGGACAAUGACAAGAUAUCUGACUACUGGCACAACGCUCUUGUGGACUGUGACUGUACCCCCUUUCCGGCGCUUCCGGCUUCUGUGCGGCGGCCAGGAGCAGACGGCGAUAUAACUCACCAAAUACCAUGGCUCAACAAACAGCCACGAGAUGUUACAAUCACAACGCUUGUUCGUGCUGCCUGGGCUCUGCUUGCUAGCAGCAUGACAAACUCGAAAAGUGUGGUGUUUGGUAUCGCUACAUCAGGACGCGGUGCCCCUGUUAUCGGUAUCGACAAGCUGGUAGGCCCAACAAUCGCAACUGCUCCAUUGUAUAUCAAGAUAUUGAAAUCCCAGAGGGUUCGGGACUACCUAGCAGCCGUGCAGCACCAAGCAACGGAGAUGAUUCCUUUCGAACAGUUCGGCUUGCAUCGAAUCUCUAAAGCAUGCCCCGGGGCACAGCAGGCAUGCAUGUUCCAGACACUUCUUGUUAUCCAAUCGCAAGAAAGCAUAAAGUCAGACAGUACGCUUGGGGUGUGGGAAGAAAGCUAUGAACCGGAAUGGGUCAAUACAUUUGCACUGGCGCUCGAAUUGCAAAUUGACAUGAAGAGGAUCAACGCUAGAUUUGACUCCAACGUGAUCAAGCCAUGGAUUGUGCAGACAAUGCUAGAAGGGCUCGACUUCGUGAUGAAACAACUUGAUACCGCAGGAUCCCAACAGAGCAUAGCAGAGAUCGAGUUAGUCACGCCCCGAAGUUUAGAACAAAUAUGGGAUCGGAAUCAUACUGUCCCAAUGGCUGUGAAAGAAUCAAUUCACCAUAUGAUUGAGAGACAGAUAGAGGAUCAGCCGAUGGCAACGGCUAUAUGCGCGUGGGAUGGACAGCUCACAUACGGUGAAUUAGAUCGACUUUCCACGACGGUAGCAGCCCAGAUUGUCAAAUUCGGGAUUGGCCCGCACCUACUAGGGCCGCACAUUAUGGUGCCACUAUGCUUUGAGAAGUCCAAGUGGGCAAUAGUGUCCAUACUUGGUGUUCUAAAGUCUGGCGCAGGUUUUGUCUUACUUGAUCCUUUCCUCCCUGAACCCCGACUACAGUCAAUACUCAAAAGGCUGGGCUCGAAGUUGUUGUUAUCCUCUCAAUCCAGCAUGGAUUUAAGCUGCAGGCUGUCAGACAUGGUGAUUCAGAUUGGUCCAGACUUAUCGCAGAUCUCGAGUGCUAUCUCGAGUCAGACUACGAGUUCCAUGCCACUAUUGCAACCAUCCUUGGGGGCAAUGUAUGCAGUUUUCACUUCCGGCAGUACCGGAGCGCCUAAAGGGGUGUUGGUGUCGCACGAGAAUUUUUGCUCCGCUGUACACUAUCAGUUAGGGCUUCUGGGCUUUACCAGGAAGUCUAGGGUCUUAGAUCUCGCAUCAUACGCUUUUGACGCCGCGAUCCACAAUACUAUAGCCACAUUGGUUGGCGGGGGAUGUCUAUGUAUUCCUUCCGAAAAGGAUCGAAACAAUAACAUUAGCGACAUUAUGGCCAUCAUGCGGCCUACAAUUGUCAAUCUGACACCAACGGUAGCACGUCUGCUAGAACCGGGGAUGGUGCACGAUCUUGAGACUUUGAUUUUACUUGGCGAGCCAGUCAUGACCAGAGAUAUUGAGCGAUGGCAGUCGCACAAAAUCCAGAUCAUCAACGCCUACGGGCCAGCUGAAUGCACACCAAUCAGCACGAUUCACACUUUUGGUUCCAGCACAAAUGCCAUUCGAAUAGGAAAAGGCGUGGGCUUGGUAACAUGGAUUGUUGACCCAGAGGACCAAAACCGCUUGUCACCACCAGCAUGCACCGGUGAACUACUGCUUGAAGGUCCGCUUGUUGGGAACGGCUAUAUGGGGGAUCUGGAAAAGACCGCCGAAGCGUUUAUCGAAGACCCCGAAUGGCUACUGAAGGGUUCAAAUGCUCAACCAGGGCGCCACGGCCGUCUUUAUAAAACAGGUGAUCUGGUUCAGUAUGACGAAGACGGAAGUCUAAUAUUUGUAGGGCGCAAAGAUAGCCAAGUCAAGAUUAGAGGGCAACGCUUCGAGCUUGGGGAAGUCGAACACCAUAUUUUGAAUUGUUUGCCAAAAGGGAGUCAGGCUGUGGCUGAAGUCCUUGUGCCUGAGAGCGAAAUAAAUGCUAGACCGGUGUUGGUGGCUUUCAUCCAAGUGAGUGGGAACGACAUUCAGGCCAACGAAAGAUCGACUUUGACAGCCAAGAUAUACCCCAUGGAGGAUGAAGUCAAAAGGCAGCUGGCACAUAAUCUACCGAGCUAUAUGGUGCCGACAGUACUUUUCUCUCUCCUUGAGCUGCCUCUAACUGCCACAGGAAAGACAGAUCGGAGACGACUUCGUGAGAUCGGCCAGGAAUUGCUCUUAUCUGAGGGAAACAGAGCCUUCGAAACGUCUAAAAAGUCUCUUGAAGAUCCAUGCAGUAGACCAAUAUUGCAGACUGAGCAUUCAGCAUACGCUCUAGCUCGCAAAGUACAUUGCAUGCGUCCCUCAUGGGCCCAGGAUAAUCUUUUAUACAGAGAAGAUGAAUCACAGCACCAGCACACUGAAUUCAAUGAUGUCUUUUUACACUCGUCAGGUUUAGACUCAUUGGACAUGAUGGAACUCUUGUCUUUCAUCUCACAGAAAUUCCAUAUUCAAGUUGAAAUGCAGCUUUUGAUGGACAAAUCAACCAGUAUUAGGAGUCUGUCUGAACAUUUGGUCGAUUCUCAGGCGUUUAGUGCUGAGGAUUACCCAGUUCGACUCUCUUCAAGUCGUUCUUUGGAAUCAAUUGACCUCAUGGCUGAAAUCUGCCGGCAUAAUUCUAAACUGUUGAGUGCCCAACAGAGAAUAGCGAGCUAUAACAAAACAGCGGGCAAUGGUCUGCCGAUGAAAAGAGAUAAGAAAUAUUCCACCGUGCUCUUGACUGGCGCCAGCGGGUUUAUCGGUACUCAAGUCCUACGCCAGCUCCUCGAACACCGCUAUGUUAGUCGUGUCAUUUGUCUUGUACGUGGUGAUACCGAUGAAGCAGCCAGACACCACACCAUUGAUAGAGCCGUGAAAGCGCUCUGGUGGACUAAUCACCACGCAGAGAAAUUAGAUGUCUGGCGGGGCGACCUAUCACUGCCAAAUCUGGGGCUUGGUCCAACACGCUGGGAUUCACUAGCCAGUAGCCAAGCGGUCGAUAGUAUAAUCCACAGCGGCACCACAGUGCACUGGACAAAGAGCUACAAAGUCCUAGAGGCCACCAAUGUUGGCUCAAGCAUAGAGCUGUUACUCCUCGCCAUAGGUGUUCCCCACAUGAGAUUCCUCUAUGUUACGGGUGGUCGACCUUGGGACUCACACGAAGAGCUGGAUGUUGCGGAAGAGCUCUCAGCCACCGAUGCCAUCGCAUAUAGUCAGACUAAGUUUGUCGCUGAGGCUGUAAUCAAGCGUGCGGCGCGGCGUGACGCAUCCAAGACCAACCGGAUUGCUGCUUUAAACCCAGGAUGGGUCAUUGGUACACCAACCGAGGGCUUUUCAAAUCCUAAUGACUAUAUCUGGCGGCUAGUGGCGACGUGUAUCAAAAUCGGGGCGUACAACGCUACUGAUGCGGACGGGUGGCUUUCCAUAUCCGACGCCACGACCACAGCGACGGCGAUCGUUGAUGCGGCAUUGGAGGGGAAAAUGAAGACGGUGGGUGAGAAGCCCGUGGAUGGCAUCACAUGGAUGGAGCUUUGGGCGAUCAUUCAGGGCUUGGGUUAUAGGCUGCAGGCUAAAGAAAUGGCAGAAUGGCUAGCUCUUGUCCGUGCUGACAUUGAAGCUACAAGGGAGAAGCAUCCCCUAUGGCCACUAGCACACAUGAUCGAGAGCUUACAGAAAGAUAGACGUGUCGUAGGUAGGUCGUGGGAGAAGCGUGGUAGCACACCGUUACAAUUGAAAGUCGCUAUAAGGAAGAGCACCGAGUUCCUUGUGAAAGUCGGCUUUUUACCUACGCCUUCAGCUCAGAAUCAAGAGAUGAAAUCUUAG